AUGCAGCCUGGGCACGUACCGCGCCCGCCGAACGCCUUCAUGCUCUUCCGCUCGGACUUUGUGAAGAAGGGCAAGGUCCCCUCGCACAUCGAGUCCAACCACGGCUCGCUCAGCAAAAUCGCGGGCGCAUUGUGGCGAGCGUUGCCGGACGAGGAGCGUCAGUACUGGUACCGCAAGGCGGACGAGGAGAAGGAUAUCCACCAGCAGGAGCACCCAGAGUAUGAGUUCAGACCU